AUGCUUCAUCUAAACAACUUGAGGUACCGAGGUGAAGGAAAUAACAAUAUAGUCUUAGCGGAUGGUAACGGCAUGGUCUACCGGGUUCGAAAGGUCUCUCCACCGGCUCUACUUCCGACUAAGAAUACUCGGGCUUUGAAGAAGAACAGGCAGCCGACAGUUCUCUUUGGCCAACAUCGAAUGGCGCAGUAUUUUGGACCGGAUUUUGUUCAGCCUUUUCAACUUAUUGAUGUAGAUCCUUCAAUUUUACAAGCAAUCAACGACCGAUUUCAGUCCAGCAGACCAGUUUUUCGUUUGAAUCGGGGUAUCGACUUGCAAACCACUCGGGUCCUCGCCGCUCCAGACGCUACCUGCAUUCCGGCCGAACUUGUUCCUUAUGGGGAGGGAUCGGUACUCUGUGUUGAAAUUAAGCCAAAGUUUGGAGCCAUUCCUCUUGGACCUGAACGUGAUUCCUUUGAGGCGACGGUUAGGCGGAAUGCAAUGUUUUGCAUCAUGCAAUAUGAUGAGAAAAAAAGGCGCAUGUGGGGUCAACCAUCAUCCUACUGCCCUUGUGACCUCUUUUCUGGGUAUAACUGUCUUUUAUUUUCUCAAACUACUUCAUAUCGCUUAAACCAAGAUAGGAUGCUACGAGCUCUCCUUGCAAUGUUUGAAGUCCGUCAAAACAAUCUUCGAGUGUUUCGCAAUAGUUGUUGUGUGCUGAAUAACACCAUUGACUUACUGGAUAAUGCUUUGAUGGAUUUCUUUUAUCCUUCUCUGAGUGGCUGUGAAGGUAGAGGGGAGAAUUACAACAGCUCUGGCAAUUCUUCUGAAGUAAUCCCUUCGCACGCCCCUGAAGAAUUUUCAAGUGAUGGCGACUGUGAUAGCGAGACCACCUACCAUUUACGAGGAUGCCAACUCCAUCCUGCGGGUGAAGGAUCAUUGCGCCACCGUUUCGUACAGGGUCUGCUCCUUCCUGCCCUCCUUACUGAAACCCCUUCGUCCUCUGUGCCUCGCAGUAUCAGGAGAUCAUCAAAGUUUCGCUAUGAUUGCGAUCUUCAUCCCUACACUCCUUCGACAUCCUCAAACGGUGUGGAUGCUUUGGCCACAACGGAUUCCUAUAUUGCCGGCAAAAUUGUCGUUAAUACUGCUGAGGUGCCGCCCUGCCUUAUCGAAAGCCUUAACCUCGUUGAGAAGCACCUGGUGGCUAUGGUAGCUCGCGACUGUUCCAUUAUGCUUACCUUCCAACGUGCAAAAGAUAACUGUUUGACGAACCUUUUAGCGGUCGGUGGCGCGUGUCCUUGUGUUCCUAGGAGCAUUGUUAACAUCAGUAUUGUAGAUUUGGAUCCAAAGGAGCUGAAUAAUCUUCAAGAGCGUGUGGAAGCUGAACGCCGCGUGGUGGAACAAUUUCUGAUUAGGCGCGAGGGUUAA